AUGGCGUCGGAGGAGGCGAGCGGCGGCGGCGAGGCCGCCGCGCUUCCAAACCCGUUUGACAGCGGCCGCAAGAAGAAGACGCUCAAGUGGUGCCUGUGGCACGUGCUGACGCACCACUUCCCGCACGGCGCGACGAUCAACCAGCUGCUCGCCCAGGGCAGCCCGCUGCUGGAGCUGUUCCCCUCCCUCAAGACCAACAGGAACCCGCCCGGCCAGGUUUCUACCGAGUUUAGCGUGGAUGCUGGGAAGCACUUCCAGCGGGAGCACCAGGGCGGCAAUUCCGUGUGGAUGGCAAAGAAGGGCAAGGCAGCAGCAGGCCAGGCGGGCAGAGCAGCCGCAGCGGCAGCGGCAGGCGCAGGCGCAGGCGCAGGGGCUCGGCAGCCCAUGCGCGGCCAGAAGGCCGCCAGCCCCGCCAGCAGCGGCAAGCCGCCCAAGAUGCCGCGGCGCGGCAGUGGCGGCGUGGGCAGCAAGGCCAGCGCGGCGCCGCCGCCGUCCCCGCCGGCGCCCGGCAACAACAGCCUGUACCCGCCCUGGGAGGAAGCCUCGUGCGCUCAGCUGGCCAAGGGGCUGCUCAACAAGACAGCCAGCGUGUGGUGGCAUGAAAAGGGGCAGUUCUGUGAUGGGACCAUCAUCGCGGCGCUUGAUGACGGCCCGCUGCUCCUGUUGCAAGUCAGCUACGAAGCUGGAUCAAGGGAGUGGCUGGAGCCCACAGAGUUUGGUGUGUCCGGGAAAGACGACACCACGGUGGAUUGUGGCGGUCACCAGUACUGCUUGUACAUCCACAAUAGUGAGCAGGGUGUGUACAUCCCAACUCCCUGCCGGGGCCUGGACCUGGCGGCGUUAGCGGCGCCAGAAGGGGAGGCGGUGGCAGCAGCCCCUGCUGCCGCACCAGCGGCCUCGCCGCCAGCCACAGCUGCAGCGGCCGGGCAGGCCAAGGCUGGCGCAGAGAGAGAGGAGCUGGCAAAGGGAGGGGCAGCAGCGGGAGGAGGGCAGGCGCCAGGAGCCGCAGCACCGCCCCAGCAGGCUGCCGCUGCUCCAGCGGCAGGCGGGGCGCCAGCGGCAAAGCAGAUGAAGCAGCAGGCGGCGGCUGCUGCUCGCGCCGCCACCUCUUCUGGCAGCAGGGGUGGCAGCAGCGGCGGCAGGCCGGUCAAGCCAGGCUCUGGCGAUUUCAGCAAGACACGCUGGUGGCAGCAGGCGGUGAUAGGCGACAGGGAGAUGCCAUCGCCCCGAGACCAGCGGCAUGGCAGCGAGGAGCGCAGCGCAAAAGCUGGCAAGUCGCCCUCGCAGCAGCAGCAGCAGCAGUCACGGCAAGGCAGCCAGGAGCAGGAGGCAAACAUGCAGCGUCCACCUCUACCGCAGGAGCAGUCUCGGCAGGGGAGCCAGGAGCAGGAGGCAAAGCUGCAGCCACUCAUACCACCGCCACCGCAGCAGCAGUCACGGCAAGGCAGCCAGGAGCAGGAGGCAAAGGUGCGGCCGGUCAUACCACCGCAGCAGCAGUCGCUGCAGGGGAGCCAGGAGGAGGGCGAGCCUGAGCAGCAGGAGCAGCAGGCGAUGCUCCCGAAACCGGCAUCACCAGCGCAGCCAGCUGCUCACCAGCCGCCAAGCCAAGCCCCUUUGCAGCAGGAGACGGAGCAGCCACGGCAGGAGCUCAAGGUAGCGCAGGAGCAGCAGCAGGAGCAGCAGGCUGAGGCGCAGCGGAAGCCAGAAGAUAACGGGCCAGCAGCACAGCAGCAGCAGCAGCAGGAGGAGGCUGUCCCUGCUCCGCCCCCGCCUCCACAGCAGGAGAAGCAGCGACAGGAAGAUGCGCCUGGGAAGCAGGCGCCAGCUGUUGCUGCCGCCUCCAAGCCUGAGGCUGCUGCCCCGCCCCCGCAUCAUGCUCAGUCGGGAGCUGCGCCCGCGGUGCAGCCUGCGGCACAGCAGUUCCUGAAGAAGGAUGCAGCAGCUCCUGAUCUGGAAGCUCCCUCACAGCAGCCCCUCACAGCAGCCCCCUCACAGCAACAGCAGCAGCAGCAGCAGAAGCCUGAGGCCAAGAAGCAGAGCCCGCCCCGCCCGCAGAAGCAGCAAAAAGCCGCAGCUCCCAUGGCUGAGCCGACCAGCCCACACAAGCAGCAGAAAGCAGCAGCUCGGACAGCUUACCCGACCAGCCCUCAAAAGCAGCAGCAGCACCGGCAGCAGGGCAUCAGUCCCAAGCAUGUGACCCAGAAGGGAGAGAAGAAGCGGCGCAGGGAGGCCGAGGCGGCGGCAGGGACGUCAUCAGAGGAGGAGGAGCAGCAGCCGCUGCUGCAGCGCAAGCGGAAAGCAGCCUCCCAGCGGAACCGUGGGGAGCAGCCCGCCAAGCAGGUGGCGGCGGCGGCAGCAGGAGCCGCCAGCGGCGCCCCUGCCCCUCCUGCCACCGCCAAGGUGCCCUUCAUCAUCCCCAAGCGUGCCAUCGCUGUGGAGCAGCCGCCGAAGGCUGCGGCCCUUGCAGCAGGCAAAGCGGCCAAGCCUGCGGCAGCAGCCACCCCGUUCCGCAUCCCAAAGACGGUCCCCGCAGCGGCGCCCGCCGCCCUCGUCGCCUCAGCAGCAGCAGACGAUCGGCCAGGAAGCAGCGUUGGCAAUAAGCGGCCGUGGUCGGCAGCAGAGCCUGCGCCGCCUGCUGCCACCGCCGAGCGUGUGCCCCCUGAGAAGCAGCGCCGGCCGGACUCGGCGGCAGUGCCCCCCUUGCAGCAGCAGCAUGCCGCCGAGCGGCGGCCGCCGGCGCCACCACGCGAGCCCACCCACCACAUCCUGCUGCGCGACUGCCAUUCGGUGCUGGCAAGCCACAGCAGACCUGAGGCCCAAGAGCUGCGGUGGGCCCCUGCCGCUCCCGGCGCGCUGCCCACUCCUGGCCGCGACCCCGCUGCGGCAGCGGCGGCUAAGGCCCACAGGCGCGCCCUGCAGCAGCGGCUGGCAGCGGCGGGCGGCUGGCCCGGCGCCACGCUGCUGCCCGCGGCAGGCGGCGGCGCGGCAGCUGCCGGGCAGCUGCCCGAGUCCAUCCGCCACGGCCGCAUCUUCAUCUCCAAGCGCGAGACGCUCAGCACCUGCAUGGAGCGAUGCGUGUUUGUCAGCAACAACAAGCUGGACCUGGAGGGGCUUCAGGAGGGGAUGAUGGCGCUGAUGCACAGCCUGGACGAAAAAGUGCUGUACGGCUGCUUCAGGGUUGUGGAGUGGGGCGUGGGGCUGGAUCCUGGCUUCCCCGCCAAGGGAUUCGACUAUCAUGUGCGGGUGCAGCCGCUGCGCCUGUUUCAGCCGGUGCCGGUGCACCUGCUGGAUGCGCAUUGCGAGCACAAGGUGCACCCCAAGACGCAGGAGAGGAUGAAGUUCUUCGACCGCCACCUGGCACACAGGCAGUGCCGCCAGGUCUGGUCCAUGUUCUCCCACUACGACGGCAAGCUGGAGCAGAAGCUGGACAUGCCGCAACGCUUCGGGCGCGCCUUUGGCGAGGGCUGGCAGCUGCUGCUGGAGGGCGCCGCCGCGGGCACCACAGCCGGCGUCGCCGCCGGCAUGCGGCUCCUCGUCUGGCUGACGAUUGCUGUGAGGCUCUGCGGGGCGCUGUCCGACUCUCCAGGCGCCGCCGCCUUGGCAGCGCCUCCCAGCCUCCCACCAGCUGAGCUGCCAGCGGAAGUGGCAGGGGCCCCGGCACAGCAGGACAACCUUUCGUGGGCGCCAGACACGCUGGAGGCCCAGCCUCCCAGCCCUCAGCCGGAGCCGGCCCUGCCGCCCGGCCCUGCCACCGCUCCGCCGCCCUCACCUGCGCCCUCCGUCCCUGCCAGCCCCCCUCCGCCGCCAUCGUCACCCACCGCUCUGCUCGCUGCUCCACUGCCGGCACUGCUGGAUGCCACUUUGAUUGAGGCCGCGGCGCACAGCAGCGCCAGCGCCCGCGUGGCGGCGCUGCUCCCAGCCGGCCAGCCGCUCCGCCUGGUCCCCAACCAGUUUGACGACAGCGGAGAGGAGUGCGGGGAGGCCGAGGUGCUGCGGGCCGCCUUCCCCGCCUUCUCCCUGCCCACCGACGCCCACCGCCUCUCCCUGCUGCUCCUGCUGUCCGCCUUGGACUGCUCCGCGCGGCAGCAGGGCGCCCUGCUGGGCUUUGGAGGCGGCGCCAGCGCUGAGGUGGAUGUGUUCCUCGACUGCCCCACCCAGCGCCUGCUCCUGACCAGCCCCGGCACGGCUGGCAGCGUCAGCUACCAGCUGCCGGCAGCGAGCGCCACCGACGGCUCCAGCCUGGCCCUGCUGCUGACCCAAGACCCGCCGAGCGGCGGCUUUGCCGCCUGUGCCAACGGCCGCCAGCUGACGCCGCGGAGCGGCAGCAGCGCCGCCCUGCUGCAGCAGCUGGCUGGAGCCGGCGACGGCAGCGCCAGCGGCGGCGGCCUGCUGGGCCCCGCUGUGGUCAUUGGCGCCAGGCUGGACACGGCGCUCUCGGCACGAGCCGACCUGGCGGCGGUGUUCGUGUCCGAUGGAAUCCUCCCCUGCAACCGCACCCUGACGGGGCAGCCCCUGCAGGAGCUGCGGCAAGAGCUGGCGGCUGCUGCGGCCCAGCAAGCGGCGCCGCCCACGGUCGCAGUGCAGCAUCAGCCGGCCGGUGACGCUGUGGUGGGCGAGCCAGUGAGCCUGGCUGUCACCGCCACUCCCAGCGGCGGGGCACUUGGCCACGCCCACCGCAUCCGCCUCACCUUCUUCGGCCUGGCGCCCGAGGGCUGCACCGCGGCCGAGUGCGGCGACAGGGUGGUGGAGGCGGCUGGCGCUGCGCCGCCGGGCCAGCCCGCCGCCCUGGCCGCCAGCGCCACCUUUGCCAAGCCUGGGCGCUACAUCGUGACCAGCAUGCAGGGCCACACUGCCACCCACGACCACGCCCUGCUGGUCAGAAAGCAGGGGGACAGCAAGGGCGCUGCCCCGUGCUGCCGCCACAGCGCGGUGCCCGUGGCCCAGCAGCUGGGGCGCCCCAUCUCCGACACAGUGUACCGCGAUGGUACCGCCGCCCAGCAGGCGGCAGCGCUGGGCUGGUCUGACGACUACUGGCAGAGCGCGGAUCUCGAGGCUGAGCGGCUGUUUGAUUAUGGCGUGCUGGCGCCGCCGGUGCGCCCCAGCCCCCUCUCCCUGACCACCUGCCAAGACACCCGGCUGGCGGGCGCAGGCUCCCCCGUGCUCUUUGGCACCACCUCCGCCCUGGCGGCGGCCAGCAGGGGCCGCAGCAAGCGGCUGGCGUUUGUGCCUGCCGGCUUCGACUGGGUCACCAGCACGGACCAGAUCGCCUGCCAGCAGCACUGGAGCGGCUGGCAGGACCAGUCCCCACACACGCUGCCAAGCGCCGGAGGCGGCGUGUGCUCCACCGUGUGCACUCGGGACGGCACGCUCCAGCUGAUCCGGCAGACAGGCAAGCACGAGCGGUCCUGCUUGUGGUCCUGCAUGCUGGAUGCCUACAACCAGGCGCUGAUAGCCGCCUCCUACGGCCAGCUGUCGCUGGGGGAGGUGGCGGUCCUGUCAGAGACGUACAUCGAACGGGACGCCUUCUCAGCUGCCGACAACUUCACCUACUACGAGGCACCUGCCAAGCAGGCGCUGGCCGAUGCGGGCGAGGCACCCUGGAUGUACCUGGUACUGGCCCCGCUGGCGAACCACCGCCUGCCCCCCUUCCGUGCCUGGAGCGGCGGCAGGGCUGCAGGGGGCGCGGUCAUCACCCAGUGCUUUCCCAGCUACUAUUACGCCGUGCACGAGACGGGGCACCGGCUGGGCUUCCGCCACGCCAACAUGUACCGCCUGCAGGGCGCCACGUCUGCGCCCGCCGACCCGCUGGGCCCCGGCCAGACCACCACCAGCGGAUACAGCGACCAGACCGACAUCAUGGCGGCUGGCAAGGGCGACUACGGCCUCUACUACCGAACAAUGGCGGGGUGGCUGAGCGGCGGCGAGCGCGCUGUGCUGACGCCUGCUGACCUGGCGGUCCCAUCCCGGCGCCGCCUCGUGCUGUGGCCCUUUGAUAGGGCCGAGUCGCGAGGAAACCUCAUGGCCCUCAGCAUCCAGCGCGGCCAGGACGAGGUGCUGGUGGUGGGCUUCCGCUCCGCGCCGCACUGGGAGGAUGUGAGCACCUCUGGCGGCCAGCUGACUCCCCAGGGCAGCCGCCACAACGUGCGGGGGCUGUCUGUGGAGGUGGUACGGAGAGACCCGGCCACAGGCCAGUGGGCGGACCACCGCGGAAUGCUGGACUUUAAUGUGAUCAUUGGCGACUGGCCGGAUGCGCUGCCCGGCCCAGAGGGCGGCUUCCCCAGGCGAAGCGCCUUUGCGCUUCUCAAGGAGGGCACGGCCUGGUGGGAUGCCGCCACCGGGCUGCUGCUGUCGUUCGAGUCGGUGGGGGGCUGCUCCGGCGCCCCCGGCCUGCCGCUGUGGAACCACACCGCGCCCGCCUUUUACGGAUACCGCGGCGAGUGGCCGGGACAGGAGGCAAUGGGAAGGGCAGACUACAGCGGGUUUGGAGGCCUGGAGUGCGGGCAGCUGGUGCUCACGACUGCGGCCCCGGCGCCGCAGGGCAGGCUGGAGUUUGCGGUUGAGGUGGCGCCGGCGCCCCAGCCCUCCACCGGCGCCGCCUCCAGCAGCCGCCGCCGGCUGCACCUGCAGCCCCUGAGCAGCUCGGCCGGCCAGCUGGCAGCCGACGGCGGCGCGUCUGGCGGCGCCAGCGUGGCGGCCGGCCCGACGCUGCGCCUGCGGCUGCCGCCUGGCCAGCAGCUGAGCAGCGUGAUUUGGAAAGACGGCAUGAACCGCACGGUGCUGGUGCAGAGCGGCGCUGAGCUGGCAGCCGCAGCCGCCAGCUCAGCGGGCAACGACUCCUGGGCGACGGGCGCGGUGACCCUGCCGCCGCUGCUCCCGCUGGCCGCCAGCAGUGCCGCCCCGCCUCUCAGCUGCUCCGGCAGCGGCGGCGCCUGCCAGCCACGGUACAGCGUGGUACUGCUGGCGCCAGAUGGCCGCCACGCCCGCGCCGACAUCACCCCGCUGGGCGGCCAGCAGCUGAGCAUGCGGCACAAGUAUUAUGAGGCCUCCCAGCUGACCUACUCGCAGGCCAGCCUCACCAUGCCCUUGGCUGCUGGCGACGCAAAGGCGGUGCUAGUCGUGCCGCCCGCCCAGCAGGACACCGGCAGCAGCACCCGAGCCGGCAGCAGCGGCGGCAGCGGCGACGGCGGCGGCAAGGGAGGCGGCGUGCCGAUGGCGAUGCUGGGCGCCGCGACGGGCGGCGGCGCAGCGCUGGUCGCGGCCGUGAUCGGUGGGCUGCUCUGGUGCCGCGCUCGCCGCCGCCGACGGCAGCAGCAGCAAGGAGAGGCGUCUGUGGAGCGCAUUUCGGCAGACAGCUACAGCAGCAGCAAGAAGUAG